GGGAUGGUGCAAGCUGAAGAGCUGCCUUCCAAUGAUGCCUAAACACAAUUUCAGAUGAAACUGGUCCACCAAGAGCAAAGGAACCACACCACGGAACCUGUGAUAGAUGACUAUAAAAAGAUGGGGACUCUCUUUGGAGAACUAAACAAAAGCCUUAUCAGAAUAGGCUUCACAAGGAUGUACUUUGGAGAACGGAUAGUAGAACCUGUAAUAAUUAUAUUCUUCUGGGUUAUGCUCUGGUUUCUUGGCCUACAAGCUCUUGGACUGGUGGCUGUCCUGUGCCUUGUCAUUAUUUAUGUACAACAGUAAAAUUUUACAGGUACUAUUUGGAUUCUGUAUUUCAACACUGUCAUUAAGUCAGUGGAUUUAUGUGUUUUAAGUAAAUGGGUGGUACAUCAAAAGCUGCAAUGCUUCAAAUUGCUGAACUUCUGAUGAGGGGGACUAAAAUCAUAUUUUAAGCCAAAUCAGCAAUGCCCUACUCCAUCUUUUAGUGGGAAGAAGGGAGAUGUUUGUAGUAUAAUGGUGUGAAAUGUACUGUUUUCUACGCUCUUGGGGCCUUAGCCGAAGGAUUGGCUUUUCAUUUCCCCUCCUGUCUCCCCAUGUUCUUGCUUUGUAUAGUGAAAAUUUCAUGUCUGGUUUUAAAAGGACACUUGAUGUGAGUGUUAUGUUUCACUGCUGGGGGGGGCUCAUGUGCUGUUUGUUCCCUCAACCUGCAUAAUUUGUUAAUGUUUUGCUGAAAAGCUAAAUCUGCACAAGGGAGGUUUGGUAACAAACCUGCAAGGACAAACAUUCAUAAGUUGAACACAAUUUCCAGACACAAAAGCAACUUUGGUUAGUGUAGUUUAUAGUAAGCCCCCAGGAAACAAACCAUACCAGCAAAAUGCUCUUACACUAAUGUUGGUGACUUCACACAAGACUUCAGCUGUUGUUCGGGAGAAAUUGCAGUCCUAUAUUGGCCAGGUGGCCUAAUGUAGCACUGCCUUGUUUUUUGGAAAUGUGCUCAGCUCCUGCUGCUAUUUUUCUCUCUUUAUUUAUUGUACUUGCUCUUUCCCCCAGCCCUCCUUCUUAAGAUAAAUAUUUGGAUAAUUCAUGGAGUUUGUAGGUAGUUCCAGCUGCAGCGUUGGAUGCUUGCCAUUCCAGACAGCAGUGCUAGAAUGUUGUCUGCUUCCUCUGGGUGGUGUGAGAAGUGGCUGAACAACCAGAUACCAGACCAGAUCUCUCAAUGCUUCCCACAUUUGCUGCAGUGUGGGCCCACACAAGCUAAAGCUUUGUGCACCUUAGCAAACUGGACCUGUUUCCUCAUGCAAGGCAAGAAUGGAGUUGAAGCCAGGUGGUCAUUUUAUUUAGUAGUCUUAACUGGUUGCUUUCCAUACUAGGCAGCAAAAAUGCCUACCUAUAUUUGUCAUGGGCCACACAACCUAGAGAAUAGGUUAUAUAGAUUCAGGAGUGGGUGCAAUAUUCACUCAGCUCUCCAGUAGCCACCCCAGGGAUAUGCUGGGUAUUUCCAAGUUCUUUUCUCAUGAAGAGAAACAGAAAAAUAGGACAGAAUCUUUACUACUUCUACUUUACUACAACUGCUAAAUAGGCUACCAAUUUAAUAUUUGCUGUACAUUACUUAUAGCAAGAAACUUAAUUGCAAAAUUGGCUUCAUCUGUGAUAGAGUGAAAUUUGCUUAAAGAGAUGCAGUAGAUGUGAAAUGUACAGAAAAUUGCUUAACUUUUUGCAGUGACUUUUUUCCUAAAUGUUUUUACAACAAUAAAUUAGUUGAAGAUGCUGUCUUACUCAAAGACUUUUUUAUAGAGGGUUCUCUAUAAUCCCAGUCCUGCAACUGGAUUGGAAGUCCAGCUUUAUGCAUGGAUCAUUUUGUCUAUUCGGCUCUGUUUCCAGGACUCCUGGCCCCAGUUCUUACAGACUUUCCUGUUAGGGAAAUAAUUGUUAGUUAGAGCAGUGAACAUGAAAACCCAGCUCCUCUAGAAUCUUUUGUACUGAAAUGCCUUCUCUAGACAUGUCUCUGUGCUUUUCUAAUGAGAAAGUGGUAUUCUUCUGAGGAGGCAGGUCCCAUCUCUGGAUCUGCAGAUGACCCUGCGUGUGGAUUCAAGAGGCUCUGCUGAACCAGCAGGACUACAGGGCACUGGGACUGAGGCCCAGCUGUGUAGUUUGGUGGCAAACUGUAUUGACUGGCACCUGGUUAAAUAGUUAUGCUGGUGGCAGGGAAACAUUGGACAGCAAAAGGUGUUUCUGGGUAUGAGGAUUUUGUUGUUCACAACUUGAAGUCCCAAAGCAAACAGCAAGUACAGGCUGAACUCAGAGCCAGGAGCUCUAUACUCAAAAGUGCCUAGGAGUAAGCUUUGGGUUUGUUUCAGUUCCCAUAGAAGGAGAACAUCUGUUUACAUCUUUGCAGAUUUAUAGAUAGAAUGAUGGGGUCAUGUAUAUUCUCCUCUAUAAGGGCUGUAUUACAAAAGCAUCCUGUUGUUAAAAGUGGAAAAAAAAAUCCUCUCUUUCUUCCCACAAUCUAGUUACUGUACAAAGGAUCUCAUCUAAUUCCUUUCAUCCCAUAGGAAAAAGUGUGUCUGUGAUAUCCUUGUUGCAGUAGUUCUCUUGUGUAAAGAUGCUGUGCUGUGAGAUGGCAUGUGGUAUUUCCUUGAAGUGAUGAUUUUUGCUCUGUACCAUAAGGAAGGGGGAACAGUGAACCACGGGUGUGACCAACAACUUCAGUGAGGACAUGGUUUAUAUGCAUGUGACCUUUCAGUAUGAGCAGAACUGUGACUUGCACUCAUGAAUUCAGUUGUUUGUUCGAUGUUCAUGUUUGUGUACAUGUACUCUGGGGAAAGGUGGGGUAGCUUUGGGACUGAGAUUGUGUUUAGUAAAUGUCUUAGGUGGUUUCUCUUAAGGGUAACUAUGUCUUGUCCUUUAUAGAAGUUUUGCAUUUUUAAAAACCUGAAAAAGCAGUGCUAGUGGUGUAAGGCUGGCUGAAAAUGGAAAAAGAAGAAUUCAUCGCAUGAACAAUCCUCCUCUCCUGUUUGGUUUCAUACAUUCCCUUGUAUAUAACAGUUUGUACUGAAGUGUCUGUCCUAAUUUUGUGCUAUUACUGUACUAUCUCCCUCUCAUUUGCAGAGAAGGCAGGUGGAGCUAAGGAAAAAGGGGAGCUGGGAUAGAAUCAGACAUAAAGAGUGGAAAAUGGAUUGGGGUGAAAUGAUGCAUAUGUGUCCAAAGAGAUCUGAUCAUAAAUGCGUGCCAAAAGAGAGGGGGAAAUGGGAGAGCAGUCCUUGCUUGUGUUCUUUACUCCAUCCAGACCUAGUAGGAAGGCAAAGGAGGAACCAAAUGUUCAAAGGAUGUCCCUAGCCAAAAAAGCAGGAGGUUAUUUUUAAAAAAGAGACAAUUUCACUGUUGUCUAUAUAGUAAAAAUUUAUAAUGUUAUUUAUGUUGUUGCAUAUUAUUAUUAUUGAUAGAACUGAAAGCACCUUUAUGCAUCUGUGUGUAGGACUGUAUGAAAGAAUGUCCCUUAAAUCUGUGUUAAACAAAAAACAAUAUAGUUCCUGUUGGUCAGUGUGACAUUGCAAGUGUUUUACAUAACCUCUGUUUUUUAAGGGAUGGACUCUUCAGUACUGUUUCACACCUGCCAAAUGCAUAAAUGGUUGAAAUAGUGUGUACAGAGAAGCUCUGCAGGAGAACCUUGGAGAACCCUGUUUGCACUGAAGCAUCAUCACAUCAAAACUGCCCAUAUAAAAAGGAAAAAUUGUAUUUCUUAAAAACUCUGUGAAUCCUAUGGGAAGCACUUUGUUACUCUUUCUAAUAAAAAGUAUUGCCAUCAAUGA